GACGUAACCUACGCUCCUCACUGCCUGGCCCGUGAGAGUCGGGCGAAGAUCGUAGGAGCGGAGUCGCUGGAAGACGGCGAGGAUCAUUACCUGAGCACGGAAGAGAGGCAGAAGGAUGCCGUUGGCGCCUGCUACCACGCCGUGGGUGUCGACAGCAGUGGUGUGGCAGCUGUGUCGACCUGGGGUGAGGAUGGCAUACCUGGAAAGAAGAACACCGACUGGGUGGAUAUCAUCCCCAAUGUUGUCGAGAUGAACGCGAAUCCGACCUUCCCGGGUCUCACCGCCGAUGCGGUCUGGGAUUGCUCCACCCGCGACAUCAACCGAAACUACAAGAUGGCGGGCUGGGAGCGCAACGCCGAGUUUCAGGAAAGCAUCAUU